AUGGCCAGAGGUGGACGUAGUCUUCGCAAAGUUGCCGAGUGCAUAAAACAGAUAUCAGCCAGCCGAGAAUUAACGUCGAGAAACAAUUUAAGAUAUCUAUCAUCAUGCGGGAUCCUUAUGACGCGUGUCCCUCCUCUGAUAAGUGCAGCCACAAACCAUCCCACUGUGGCGCCUGCACGCAGCUUCUUCAACCUGGCAGACUCCUUUUCUAAGAGAAAGGAGUACUCAGAAAGACGUAUCAUUGGAUAUUCUAUGCAGGAGAUGUAUGACGUUGUGGCAGGAGUGGAAAACUAUCGUCUCUUUGUGCCCUGGUGUAAAAAGUCAGAGGUGGUGUUUAGGAGAGCAGGUUUCUGCAAGGCCAAGCUCUCUGUGGGCUUCCCUCCAGUGGUGGAGAAUUACACCUCUUUGGUCACAUCAGUGCGCCCCCACUUGGUCAAGGCUGCGUGCUCAGAGGGUAAACUGUUCAAUCAUUUGGAGACAGAGUGGCGUUUUAGUCCUGGGCUUCCUGGUUAUCCUCGGACGUGUACUGUAGAUUUUUCUAUUUCUUUUGAGUUCCGCUCCUUGCUCCACUCACAGUUGGCCCACAUGUUUUUCGAUGAAGUGGUGAAGCAGAUGGUGUCGGCGUUUGAGCGACGUGCGUCUCAAGUGUUUGGCGCAGAGACGGCCAUCCCUCGUGAGCUGAUGUUCCAUGAGGUGCACCACACGUAG